GUUGGGAGCGAAAAUAAAUAAUAAAAAUACCCGCGUCAACAACGAGGAUCACAACAACGACGCGGCAACAUAAACUCACCGUCGCACACGUUCACCAAAUAACCCCGCAGUCGCCGGGCGGUAGGGCCCCCCACGCUUUGAGCGAGGCUCCGCUCGAGUGUUAUUUUACUCGUGAGUAAAUUCUAGAGCGCCGCGCCGGGCAUUUCCCUCUUUUUUUUCGCCCCCCCCCUCCUCCUCCUCCUUGCAAAGCGAGGGAUGCGAGCGGGCGCCUCCGUGCAUGGGAGCGGCGAGGGGACGAGCGCCUCUUGCCCUCGCUGCCUCUCAUCUUGCUCCCUCUGCUGCCGCUCCCGCCCAGACUGAAGCGGGAAACACGCGGAGUCGCUUUCAUCCCCACCCCACCCCACUUCCCUCCCUUCCCACUGAUCCUUCUUCUUCCUCUCUUUCCCUUCUUCUGCCGCUGCUUGCUCCGGUUCCUACCUGGACUGAACAGGGAGAUGCAUUGAGUAGUUCCACCCCCCCCUCCCCUCCUUGCCUGUUCACUCCGUCUCCACUUCCUCUUGCUGCUCCCGCUCGGACUGGAGAAAAAAAAGAGAUCAUCCUUGCUGCAUCUCUUCCCCUCCCGUCCGUCUCCCCCCUCCGCCAACCCUUGCAUCCCCGUCGCUCACCCAAACCGCACCGACAACAAUUACAGUAUCACAACUGUAAAUAACGCAGUGCGCCGGUAGCGGUUAAAACAACGACGACGACGACGGCCGGGGAACGACGGCGGCGUGGCGGCAGCGGCCAACAAUUUAUUUCAAUCGCCGCCGCCACCAUCAUCACCAUCGCUACCACCAUCGCUGUCGUCGCUGUAAAUAAUCACAAGGACAACACCACGAAGGCGAGCACGACGACCACAAGAUGUCUGCCGCCGCGGCGCGGGCGGCGAGCGGCGGGCGAGACGUGGAGGGGGAGCCCCGCGCCCCGGCCACGGCCCCGCAACCUCCCGCGCACCGAGCCCUCGCGCCGCCGGGCGACGCCGCCGCGUUGCCCGCCGCCGGCAAAGCCGCCCGGGCGUGCGGGGUCGGCCUGGGCGGCGGAGGCGGCGGCGGCGGAGUGGGUAGCCUCGUCGUAGUGAGCGGAGUGGCCCGGUGCCCCGUGAAGACCGCCCCGCCGAGGCCCGAGCAGCAACAGUUACUGCUUCAGCAGCAGCAGCAGAGGCCUGCGGCGGCUGCGACUGCGGCGACCGCUGCCCAGCUCGGCCCGGCCAAGGCACUAUCGGACUCCUCCUCCGCGCCGCCCUUCAUCGCAGAGAGCGCAGCGAACAGCAGCAGCAGCAACAACAACAGUGGCGGAGGCGGUCUCGGCAUCGUGGUUGGCGGUGCCACCGUCACGGCGGCCCCGGCGGUAGCUGCCGAGGGCGGCCAGGGCAGAACCCGUGGCAGGAAGACGCGGCGCAAGAAGUCGGGCGGCCGUGCCAAGAGCGGCGGCAGCCGGAGCGGCAGGGGCCGCGGCGGGGACGAUGGCGGCGAUGGUGAUGGCGGUGGUGGCGGUUCGCAGGUCGACCACGUGAAGCAGCUGCUGUUGCUUCACCUGGACAUGAUGGAGGAGCAGCAGCAUCAGCUGCAGAGCAAGGAGAAGGAAAUACAGGCGCUGAAGACGGAGAAGGAAGCGCUGCUGUCUCGGUUGGAGCGCAUGGAGAGGCGAAUGCUGCUGGCACGGAGAGAUGGUGAAAAGAAUGACCAGCAGAUUCGGAGGGACCGCAAGGAGCAGCUCAAGGAGAGGAACGAGGAAAAUGAUGGCCUGGAGGGUUCUCCGCCAGAACAGCCUCCACGGUCGCCCCUGUCACCACAAAAAGCUACAGAUCAGCAUGGCCACAAAAGGGCUCAGAGCCCCGGCGAACAUGACCCCGGGCCCACUGCAAAGAAGCUGGCAAUGGAGAGUGAGAAUGAGAGCAGCCAGUCAGAGGCACUUACGCGAACUCCAAGCAAGCCUGCCAAGGGCAGGACUUAUCACGGAAAGAAUGGGAGAAAGUUCUCGAGGCGCAAAGGCUGGGCCCGAUGCAAAGCAUUGACUGCCUUGAACAGUGCGGCAGAGACGACAAAUGCUGAUUCACUGUCCGCAGUUUGCCGCCUGAAAAACAAAACGGACAAGAAAGAGGAUUCAAGCCCUGUGCGGGAAUCGCCAGAGCCAUGUGAAACCCCUGAAAUUGUGCGACCGUGGGAACGGAGUAAGGGAGUGAAUCGUAAAAAGAAUUCAUGCGUAAAAUCUGCUUUGCCUGCGACACCAGAAUUAACAGAAACGGAUAUUGGCAGCCCACGAACACCUUGGCAUAAAAACAAGAAGAAGGUAAACUCAAAUCACCUGUCACAUUCCCCUGCUGAGUUGAGCUCAAAAAACAGCAAAGCCAAGGGUGGCAAUAGGGCAGCAUUGGAGCUUGACACGCCAAGGCCCUCACAGUGGUCAAAGGGCAAAAAAGGUUCGAACUCGGCGAAUCAUUCCCCCAGCUCACCUGCCGAGACCAGCACACCUCAAAGCUCGCGGACAAAGGGUGGCAAGGCCUCAUUGCCGGUUUGCCCCAAACGUUCGGGCUGGUCCAAGGGUGGCAGGGCACGGGGGAAAUGGAGGCAGGCGCAUGCCAGCCCGGCACCCGGAGGCUCGUGCUCGCCUCUGCGCGCGUGCACAGCAGACGAUGGACGGGACGAGGAAGAGGACCCUGUUUUACGGACGAGUGAAAUGUACUGGUGUUACCAAUUUCAGCCACCUGCCGUCUCCAUGGAUGAGCCCAUCCUCACAGAGAAGGACGACACUGUCGCAAUUCCCUCAUGGAGAGAAAUUAAACUGGAGCCUUUAGACAAAAUCCAGUCUGAAUAUUUGUUGGAGAAUACUGAAGAUGAAGCCUUCAAUAAGAGACACACCAAACAUGAGUUGGAUGAAAAAAGGAGGAAACGGUGGGACAUCCAGCGAAUUCGGGAGCAGAGGCAGCUGCAACGGCUGCGGGAAAGGGCCUUUCGCAAAGAAGGAAUACCUGAACCUGAGCCAGAGAUGUUAUCCUUCUUCCCUGAGCCUGAGGAUGUGGAGGAGUUGGAGGUAACACCAUUGCUACCUGUCAUUGCUUUUGGAAGGGCUUUACCAAGAUUAUUGCCACAGGACUUUGAGCUACCGUGGCUCGAUGACAGAACGAGGCAGAGGUUGGAAACCCCCAAGAAAACGUCACAUGGCCGAGGGCGGUGCAGGUGAGGUCUGCUUAUCGGCGGGCCCUCAAUCUGUCCAGCUGCCAAGGCAAAACUCUGCGAUUCUGCACACUCCAGCUCGCUCACUGGCGUGGACGAGUGCUGCCGAUCACAAGAUUGCCCAGGAACUGGGGAGGGGGGACGGCUUUUGGAAAUGCUGCCGACAUGCCGGACUUGAAAUUUUAUGAGACUCGUAAAGAGAUUUUGUGAUGAUGUUUACACGUUAAGGUCCAACGAGGAGACCUCCACAUUUGUUUGCUCAGGCUGUUUUUUUUACGUUUUUUAUUUUCUGUUUAUGAAGGUUGCACCUCAUAGUUGUGCAAAACUGAAUGAUGUGAACCAAGAUUUUUUAUCUAAUGGCAAGUUUUGUUGUUUUGGUUUGUUGCUCUGUUGGCUCCACUUUCUACGUGGUUUGCCUUUUGUCAUUCCUUUGUAAGAUCUCUUAAAACUGUUUUUAUUCGUAUAAGCACAUUUGCACUUGAGCAUGCAUACAAACAGCAUUCAUUUAUUUUAACAGUUGGCAAUUUAAAAUACGGGGUAAAGAUGUUGUGUUGACUUAAAAAAAGGCAAGUCUAUCUAACAAAUCACAAAAGAAUCUGUGCAAAUGUUAUUGCCAUCAUUUUUUUGUAAGCAUUCAAAUAAUUUGUCCAAAUGACUGCAUCCAUGGUACUGUAACUGCUUUAAUUGUGCUGACAUGCUUGGUGCUUUGUAUUGCCAUUGGAACGCAGUGUGAUGUAGAUAAAAACGCUCCAUCUUAUAAUCUUCUGUAGACAUUGGUGCUUUGUGCACAGUGUACCUGACAUUAAACUGCACUAUGUAAGCUUCUCUAUGUUUUAAAGCAGUUCUGGAACAUGUGCUUUGCAUCCCAAGUAGAUCUGUAAAAUAGGAAUAUCAAUUAUGGUAAGCAUACUUUUUUGACCUCUUAUUUGCAUACCAUUUUCGAGCAGUGCUUGAGGAUUUGCGUCGUUUAAGUGUUUACAAAAAGGAAGGUAAUGUAUGUGAUUUUUUUUGAUGCACUGAGUAAAGAAUUUGACAAUGUGCAGAGGGAGAACUUACACAAGAUAAUUGACUUGAUGCACUUAAAUAGUCGAAAGACCAACACUUACUGUAUUGUUGCAAAAUAUUGUUUAGUACUAAUACUACAUAUGCACAAAAUUACCUAUUCUCCAGCCAAUUUAUUGGCCACUUGUUGGUGUGGAUCAUUUGUAGAGUUUUGUAAUCUAAAAGCCAUGAAGGUUGAUGUUUGGGCAUUUAAACGAUGACACUUGGUUGUAUUUACCAGUUUAUUUUUGGCUAUUUUUUUGCUAUAGAGUCUGGGAUGAGCGUCCGAGCAAUUUGGUGCAUCCAAAAUGUCUGAUCAUUCGCAAAUAGUAACAUGGUCCAUACCAUUGCUAAAUUAAAGUCUCGGAAAAAUCUUAUCCAUUUAUAAGAGGAUAUGUUUCUCUCGUGUGAUAUGGUGUACAAUACAAUUAGUGUCCAUCGCCCCCUUCGAGGUGAACAAUGCUGAAUUAUUUUUGACUGCAAGAUUUUCUUGUCACCGAUUAAUUUAAAAGAUCCUCUUGUGUUCAAAGCACAUGAUUCUGAUGCAUAGAUUAAAGAAAAGCCCUAAUGUUAACAUACAUCCAUUCUAUUCAAGUACCUUGCUUUUUUAGCCUGUGCUUACUGUUUCAAGUGUAUGGUGUGUACUGCACCAUGGGACGUGGUAAAUGUCAAUAUUGUAUUCAGUAUAUUGUGACCACUGGUUUAACUGAAUAUUGUCUUCGUAUGGAGACGGCUUAGAUAAUACAGUGUAUAUAUUGUUUAAAACAGUGACGGAUUCUGUACAGUAAAAACUGCCAUUUAAUGCUGAAAGAUGUUGCUGGGAUGGGCUGUAAAAUGUAAACUAAGGAAUUUGUUUUGUACUGACAAGUUUGUCAUGAAUGUAGAUAAUAAACCGUAAAAUGUUUCUUGUUAAAAGCUAUUUCAUGGCGUUUUUGAUAUUGUCUUUGAGGGAGAGGAGCUACGAGCACUCACAGCAUGCCCAGAGAACUUGACCGGAGCACAUCGUGGGCAGCAGAGUGAAGUACAAUAAAACAUUAUUGUACUGUA